UUCACCAACGAGACCGAAAAAGUAGUACACGCAGCUACCUACCUCCGAGGAAAGGCCCUCAAGUGGUUUGAACCAAUCCAGGAAGAAUACCUAAAAUGCGAGACCCUCGACGAGUGCACUACCGAGACCCGCGACAUCUACGCCAAUUUUAAAGGAUUCGAGGACGCGCUCAGGUCACUCUUCCAAGACCCCGACGAAAAGCGACAAGCCAAACGAGAUCUAGCACAACUUAAGCAGACUAAGUCCGCCAAAGACUACUCUGCUAAUUUCCGACAACUUAGCGACGAGAUCAUCAAGAUUGAUCGACCUGACGACUUUCUCCAGUACGCCGAACUCGCCAUCAAAAUCGACAACCGGCUUUUCGAACGACGAAGGGAAAGAGGCGAAAAACGACAAAACCCUAACUUAGGACACGCAUACAUCGAACGACGACAACAUGCACAAGGAGAUCCCGCACGGAUCCGCCAAAUCAACCAAGAACUAGAAGAACAGGUCGAAUCAGAAACGACCAAGAACACCCCCAACGACUCGGAAACACCUCGCGAUGUUGCCCGCCAACAUGCCUAA